GCCGGGACGUGCCCGAGGGCGACACUGCGGGUUGGGACCCGGCGCGCUGCCGCGGGUCACGUGCUGCGGAGGCGCGGGGAGGGGCGGCGAGGCGGGGUUUAUAGCCCGGGCGCCCGAGGGCCCCAUGUUCUGCUCGAGUCGUGGCUGCCGGAGUCGCCUUCGGUACGCGCCUGCUCUUCGCCCUUCGCUGCAGUCCGACGAUUUCUCUCUCCAGAAAGAAAAAUGGCAUCUGUUGCAGUUGAUCCACAACCGAGUGUGGUGACUCGGGUGGUCAACCUGCCCUUGGUGAGCUCCACAUAUGACCUCAUGUCCUCAGCCUAUGUCAACACAAAGGACCAGUAUCCCUACUUGAAGUCUGUGUGUGAGAUGGCAGAGAAGGGCGUGAAGACCAUCACCUCGGUAGCCCUGACCAGUGCUCUGCCCAUCAUCCAGAAGCUAGAGCCGCAAAUUGCGAUUGCCAAUACCUAUGCCUGUAAGGGGCUAGACAGGAUGGAGGAGAGACUGCCUAUUCUGAAUCAGCCAUCAACUCAGGUUGUUGCCAAUGCCAAAGAUGCUGUGACUGGGGCAAAAGAUGCCAUGACGACAACUGUGACUGGGGCCAAGGAUUCCGUGGCCAGCACGAUCACAGGGGUGAUGGACAAGACCAAAGGGGCAGUGACUGGCAGUGUGGAGAAGACCAAGUCUGUGGUCAGUGGCAGCAUUAACACAGUCUUGGGGAGUCGGAUGAUGCAGCUUGUGAGCAGUGGCGUAGAAAAUGCACUCACCAAAUCAGAGCUGUUGGUAGAGCAGUACCUCCCUCUCACUGAAGAAGAACUAGAAAAAGAAGCAAAAAAAGUUGAAGGAUUUGAUAUGGUUCACAAACCAAGUUAUUAUGUUAGACUGGGAUCCCUGUCUACCAAGCUUCGCUCCCGUGCCUACCAGCAGGCUCUCAGCACGGUUAAAGAAGCUAAGCAAAAAAGCCAAGAGACAAUUUCUCAGCUCCAUUCUACUGUUCAGCUGAUUGAAUUUGCCAGGAAGAAUGUGCAUAAUGCCAAUCAGAAAAUUCAGGAUGCUCAGGAUAAACUCUACCUCUCAUGGGUGGAGUGGAAAAGGAGCAUUGGGUAUGAUGAUACUGAUGAGUCCCACUGUGCUGAGCACAUCGAGUCACGUACUCUUGCUAUUGCCCGAAACCUGACUCAGCAGCUCCAGACCACGUGCCACACCCUCCUGUCCAACAUCCAAGGCUUACCACAGAACAUCCAAGAUCAGGCCAAGCACAUAGGGGUGAUGGCCAGCGACAUCUACUCAGUGUUCCGCAAUGCUGCCUCCUUUAAGGAAGUGUCUGACAGCCUCCUCACUUCUAGCAAGGGGCAGCUGCAGAAAAUGAAGGAAUCUUUAGAUGAUGUGAUGGAUUAUUUUGUUAACAACACGCCCCUCAACUGGCUGGUAGGUCCCUUUUAUUCUCAAAUGACUGAGUCUCAGAAUGCUCAGGACCAAGGUGCAGAGAUGGACAAGAGCAGCCAGGAGGCCCAGCAAUCUGAGCACAAAACUCAUUAAACCUGCCCGUCACCAGUGCAUGAUGUGGCCAGCCAGCUGACACCUUUUGUUGAAAUUAACCUGCUAGACAACCUGCUAAAUUGGGAAGCAAGUAGCUAGUAAAAAGGCCCUCAAUUAUAUUACUUCCAGUUGAAUUAAGAGCUUUAAUGUUUCUGGCAUUAGCAGAUGAUUUCUGUUUACCUGGUAAGAAAAGAAUAACAGGCUUGCCAAAGCCUAGCCAGAACUCAUAAAAAAUUCUAGUGCAUUUUAUGUUCUCAUUCUGUGGCCAGUGUGUUGCCUCUGUUACUGUUUGUAUUGAAUAAAAACAUCUUCAUGUGGGCUGGGGUAGAAACUGGUGUCUGUUCUGGUAUGAUCUGAGCAGGCCUCUUUACUGGUUUAUCUCAUGAUGAUUGCUUGUACAACUUGAUUUUAGUUUUUUAUUUCUCAAAUAGGAAAACUGCCCUUGAAUUCAAUAAAAGUCACUGCAGGAUAGACCAGUUA